CUCUUCAGCCUUCACAGGCUUCAGGCGUGAAACCCAAGGACGUUCGCAGUAUUUCAAUGGCGUGAUCCGUGGGUUUCUAUCAAAUACUGCUUGCGUGGCUCAUCUAGAAUCCUGGGAGCAAGCUGAUCAAGAUCUUUGGAUAGACUUGCCUUUCAGCUAUUGUCGGAGGCGUACCGAGCGCUUUGCAUCGGCCAUGUGUCCUCGGAUGUCGGACGUAUACUGGCGGUAGUGUGCAUCUUCCUUUGAAUGCUGGUGCUGCUAAUCAACAUUCAGUUGGUAAUGGUGCUCUUGAUUGGGCUUGGUGAGGACAGCAUUGCUUCGAGAUAGGAGUCUGGCAGCAGUCUGUAUCCUGUGCUCUUUUGAAAGUGGUCACCUGUUCUAGAGAAGAUAGAGGAACUCGCUUUCCAGAUCUCAGGUGUGCAAGAUCUCACUGAAGCAUCUAGAUCAAGGAAGGUCUGCUAGAAGCACUACUUCUGCUGAGAUUGCGACAAGGAAGCUCCCGUGCCUAGUUUCUGCGGGUACGGGAGCCCUCAGGUGGACGAAGGAAUCUUCAAUGUUGACGGGGGGUAGGUUGGUAUCUGUUUGAUGGCUGACGUGGGGCCCCCCCAUGGGAGCGGGGGCCGGGCCCGGAGGACUGCCUCAUUUAGGGCACAGCAUUCGUGGGAGGAGGUGCAGAUUGCGCUGCCGCACUAUCAGCUGAAGUCAAGGAAUCCGAUUGGCCAUGGCACCUUUGGGAAGGUUUACUUGAUGGAGCACCGGGUUAGCGGUGUGCGCACGGCGGUCAAGGCGCUGAAGAAGGACAAGAUCCGGGAGGAGGGCCUGAGCAGCAUCCAAAAGGUGCGGCGCGAGAUUGACCUCAUGCGCCAGAUCAACCACCCCAACGUCAUCCGCCUGUACGAGGUCGUCGAGACGGCGGACUUCAUCCUGCUGGUGACUGAGUAUGCGCAGGGCGGCGAGCUGUAUGACUACAUCACGGACAAUACCAGACUGCCGGAGCAUGAGGCCCGGCGGAUCUUCCAGCAGAUUAUCGCAGGCGUCGCUUACUGCCAUCAUCGGCGGGUCGUGCACCGAGACCUGAAGCCAGAAAACAUCCUUCUGGACGAGAACCGCAACGUGAAAAUUGCAGACUUUGGUCUCGGGAAUGCCAUCACAGACGGCAACUUUUUCAAGACCUGGUGCGGGAGCCCCAACUACGCAGCCCCGGAAGUGGUUGCCCGUCACCCAUAUGCCGGCCCCGAGUCCGACAUUUGGAGCUGCGGCGUCGUGCUCUAUACACUCGUGUGCGGCCGCCUGCCCUUCGACGACCCUUCCGUCGCCUCCCUCUACGACACCAUCAAGCGCGGGGCCUACUCCUUCCCCGGCGAAGUCCCCCUCACUCCGGGCGUCGUGGAUCUGAUCGCGCGCAUACUGGUCGUCGAUCCGCUGAAGCGGAUAACCAUCCAGGAGAUUCGGCGGCACCCCUGGUUCUUCCCGUGGUUCAUUCUGCAAUACUUGCCCCUGCUGCCGCCCCCCCUUGCGACCGGGCCCGUUGUUCAAAACACCGGGCUGCAGCUCUCGAUUGGGCCGUACUCGGGCGAGGAGUUUCCAGGAGGGGGGGAGCCGGAAGCAGAGUCGGGACCGGGGGGUGUGAACGCGCUCCCGGUUAGGGGACAUCAAGAAGUCGACCAGCUAGCGGGGGGGGAGUCCAAGCCCGCGCACGUGCCCCCACCUGCGACUGCGGCCCUGCACGCACUGACCCUGGGGGAUCCCCUUGAAGACGAGACUGGGGAGUCGACCGCAUGGGGGGUCCCAGACGCAGCCAACUCCACCCCCCACUGUCACGACCGAUUUGCCGGGGUGCCGAAAUGGGGCUCCGGGAUGCCGCUCCACAUUCGGGCAAACCGCGCCUGCGAGGCGAUGCAACGGCUGUGCCUCUUACUCCAGGGCAUGGCCGUAAAGUGGAACCGGAUGUCGGAGUUUCACCUUGAGUGCGCGUGGGCCUGCCACGUGGCCCCCCCCGAGGCGCGCGAGCUGGCGCUGCAGCGGCGCCGGCCGCCGCUCCAAACGGAAUUCCGCCCGUUCGGCGCCGUCGAGGGAACCGCCCCCCGAAUGCAGCUACAUCGGAGUUUACUAACCCUCCUGGUUCCGGAGCCGGGCCGACCGCAAACGCUGGCGGUCUAUCCCGGGUCUCCGGGCUCGUCUCAACCGUUCUUGAGCCCGAUUAGUGCAGAGGUCGGGUUUGGCCCGGCUUACCGGCAGCACGGGUGGCCGGGCGCCAGUACAAACGGGCAUGGGAAUGGGGCGUUCAGUCCGUAUGGAGAGCCGCUGGAAACCAACCCGUUCGGGCAGUCGAACGGCAGUUCCGUUCACUUAAAAGCGGUGUCUACCGACCGGAAUGACGGAAGGGAGUCGGACUUGACACAAAACAGGGUUGCUAUGGGGCCCGUGGGAUUUGGAGCGGGCCCGGUGUCAAACGGUCCCGUCAACGCGUUCCAGCACGGGGCAUUUUCCGCGUUCACGCCCGUCCGACUCGGGAAGAACGGUUUUGGGCGGCCGCCCAAUGGGGUUAUGCAGAACCGGUUCCAGCAGACUGCGUUGUUCGGGCACGGGUUUGGGCCAAACGGGUUGGCUUACCCCAUGGCGGGUUCGCCAAACCCGCCGGCGAGCGAGAAGGUCAGCCCCCCCUUGCCGCAGCGACCGAGGUCUGCUGAGCCUUACGCGGUCGGGGGAGGUUUUCGACCCUUUGGAGACACCGGGAUGCCGCCAUUUGCGGACCAGCAACUGUUGGACGGGGUUCAGGGGGGCCCGAACGGGUUUGCCUUGAGUCACUUUGGGGAGAUCGUUCCGGUUGGGGGGGACAGCGACGAGUUUGACAGCGGGACUGACGGGGAGGGGGGGGUGGGCGCAGUCUUCGGCAAAGGCACGAGCUUGUUCGGAAACCGAAAGGCGGCGCAGGAAGUAAGUACGGGGGAGGCGGGGUUCGCAUCUGAUGCGGUUCGGGGUAGUGCCGGCGGAGCUGGGGGGUGGGGCGCGUUUGCCGGGCAGCGGAACGGGUUUGCGUCGGUUGCGGGUGGAAACGGGUUUAGCGGUUUCGGAGCAGCGAAAGACCUUCCGGUCACCGAGCGGUUGGUCGAGAACGGGGACGCAAGAGAGAGAAGGGAAUCGAGCGCCGGCCCCGACAUUGGGGCCGGUGUAAAUAAGGGCGGUGCCCCCAGGGGCGGCCACGUGGCAGGGGCACAUGCCGCCCAGCAGGCGGCGGAGCCUGCACAUGUACAAAAUAGAGACAUUGGCUACGCAGAGUCUGUACCAUAUGGCCGGCACAUUGCCGGCGACGCUCACGAGGCCUCGCCGGAGGCGCCCCGCUCGCGGGACGAGCGGAAUAAAGAUCGGAAGCGGGGCAAGCGGGUGUUGUCGCUCAACGGCGAGAUGGGCAUGGACGUGCAGGAAGGUUACGGCGGCGGCCGAAAUUUGGGUUACGUAAACAGCCCGGUCGGUCAGGCGCCGGAUGGCAGAAACGGCGCCUGGCAGCAGCGGAAACGAGGAUACAGGCCCGAUUCGCGGGCGGAAAGGCAGUCAGACCCGUUGGCGGCGCAAGGUAGUCAAACGACCGAUACGGGGCAGAUUGCCCCGCAGUUAAAAAUGGUCGAAGUGCGAUUCGAGCUGCUUCUCUAUAGAUUAGCACCACAGGAGUACGUGAUAGAUAUAUGCCACAGAAGCGGGCCGACCAUGUACUUCUUUGAGUUGUGUGCGUCCCUGACACGGGAGAUGCUCGGCGCGCGGUAGCUUAGAACCAGCCAUUGAAAGCACCUAAGUGCUCCCCAGAUGAACAUAACGAGAGGCGUCGGAUUUGACGACUCUUUAUCAUAACUGUAGCCUUGAUUCGAAGGUGCCCGGCGAGACCGAGGCGGCAAUAAAUAGAGGACUACAUCACAAUUCGAAAGACUCCAUUAAGCUAGCCCUAAUCUAGAUAUGGUCAAUGGGACGACGCGAGGUAUGGAUCUGUCAAUUUAGAUACCCCAUUGAGAAGCAACGCGACUAUUGAAUCAACGUUAAUAAGCUUUCAUGCACGUG